UUAGACCUAUUGACGAGCAGUCUUUCGUGAAUUUUUGAGUUGUAAAGUUGUCGCGUUAACGCACCUAUCUAAGCAAAUAUUAAAUUAUUAAUAUUCUAUUAGUACAUAUAUAAGAUGUUCUCGUUCCCUCAUAAAAAUACCGUAAACGGUGUCCUUUUGUACGUUUUACUUGCUGUGACAUAUGUAACGGCAGAUGAGCAUGCGGUUAACCCAUCCGUACCUCGGACGUGUUACAGUUGUGAGGGCAUCAAUUGUUUGCGUGUCACAAAGUUGAAUGUCACCAGCGAAUGUUCGGAUUUGAUGGAUUAUUGUGUGACAGUUUUCAGAGGAUUCACUGUCGUCGCUCGUGGUUGCUAUGGCGACUUGGAAGAACAAUUGCGUGAGAAAUGCGACUCAGCUGAUCAUCCUGAAUGUGUAAAAUGCUACGGCAAUCGUUGCAAUGACAAAGGACGCGCCGAUUUCAAAUGCAUCGAGUGCAAGUCGAGUGAGGAUAAAAGAUGCGCCUCCGACACCAGCGUCUUGACCGCCGUACAAUGCCCCGUGCCAACGGCACAGAACUCUUACUGUUACGUGCGCGAAUCCAAGGAAGAAGGCAUCAGUCGUGGCUGUUACGUACAUCAACAAGAUCAGGAGGAGUGUCUCAAUGACGCACAGUGCUCGAUGUGUUUGAGCGAUGACGCCGUGGCUUGCAAUGGUUACAAAGUGAACACAGAAGUUGUAUCAGGCGGCAGCAGUGUACUUAGCAAUGUCAAUGUCGCAUCUACCGCUACUUUUGUGCUGCUGGCUUACGUUGUGCGUUCACUAUAAAUGUGUGGUUGUGUGUGUAGUUGUUUUUUAGUAAACAUUAAGUAUUUUUGAUAAAAAAAUAUUAAAUACCGAAUUCUCGCGAUAAGUUGGUGUUAUAAAAUUUAUAACCUUUUAAUCUACAUAUUGUACGAAUAAAGUAAUUCUAAUGGCUAGUCUUAGUUAAGCGUAUAACUAACUAUAAGUUCAUUACCAAACACA